AGUCGUGCCGGCUCGAGAUGUGAGAGAUCCCCCCGGCUGCCACGAUGGGGAAAGCCCGCCUGCUCUUCCUCCGCGGGCAUGCGUGCAUAUUUGUUCUGGCGUUCGCCAGCUACUACCUGCAGUAUCCUGGCAUCCUGGGCCAGAACGGACUUUUGCCUAUUAAGCCUCACUGGCAGACGGUCAAGGCAAACAUCCUUUCAACGGUAAAGGACAAGCCAACUACGCUCGACCUGAAUGUCUUCCCGCGCUGGCUAUGGGCCUGCGCAUCGGAUUCGAACGUGCCCGAGAUCUUAGAGUCGAAGCAUGUUGUCUUCACGAUUGGUAAAACCGCAAGUGGCUUCAACAUCGGAGAACUCAUCCAGGGCUAUCUGAAAUACCCGAGCUUCCAGUGGGUGUUCGACGCUUAUGACAUUGACCCAGAUUCGGCGCAUGAGUUCAUGGCCAUAUUGGGCAUGAGUCUGGGAAUCCUCGGUGCAGCUGGAAUAGUUCACCACAUCCUUCUCUACGCCCUUCUCGACCUGCUUUACUUGUCGCUUUACGUAACAGGACAGCGGUGGCUGUCUUUCCAGUGGGAUAUUCUCCUCCUAGAAGCUGGGUUUCUGGCGCUGCUUUAUUGCCCCGUCUUCAGUUUACGCGUGACCGGUGGCAGCAGACCUCUGGCGAAUUUGGUCCACCGCGUGUUCUUCGCGAAGUUUAUGAUGAACACCGGGCACGUGAAGGUGUCCGCGGAGUGCCCCACGUGGCACAGCCUGACGGCCCUGGAGUACCAUUUCGCCUCGACGUGCAUACCCACGAGGGAGGCGUGGGUCGCGCACUCCAUGCACCCAUUCUUGCUGAGGCUUAGCGUUGCGAUUAUGUUCGUGGAGCAACUGCCCAUGGGAGUCAUGUUCUUGGUGCCGUUCAAAUACGUGAGGAGAGUUGCUGUCCUGGUGGAGAUCCCGCUGCAGCUCAGCAUUAUGGCGACGGGGAAUUACAACUGGCUCAAUCUCCACACGAUUCUUCUGAUGCUGCCGGCGUGGGACAGCGACGGCGUGAUGGAUUUGGAUAGCAAGAGCAUCUCGCUUGUCUUCGACAGAGCGAAUCUCUCCCAAACCUUGAAAGGCUUGCGCAAAACGCUACGGGCGUUUUCGUUUCUCGCCGCUGUAGGGUUCUUCGUAUUUGUAUUUUCGAAUAUGUUCACGGUGUACCAGGAUGAGCAGGACGGGUAUUGGCGCAUAUCGAAGAAUUUUACAACCAAUGAUGUUUUGAGACAUUUCGAUGUGUACAUCUUUUCGCCGACGGCUUACACAUUCCUUUUCCUCCAGUUCGCUGUGAUCUCCACAUUCUACAUUCUGCCAACGUUGGCGGGAGGGAGUUCGAGCAGCCCGUUCUGCGGCACAUGGCGCCUCCUUCGCCGAGCGAUUCACAUGUGCUUCUGUUUUGCCGCUCUCGGUGUUUGCAUAUUACCUUGGGGCCAGGUGCAUACGGACAGCGUCAGGCACUUACCUUUUCGAAAGCAGUACGAGCAACUCAAAGCGCAGCUGGACACGUUCAACGUGGCGAGUAGCUACGGACUGUUCCGCAGGAUGACUGGAGUUGGCUCGCCCAAAAGCGCGGACAAGAAAUUCGGUUGGGCGGGGCAACCGCCGAGCGCCGUGGCGGUUCCAGCCUUGGUCGUAGAGGCUUCACUCGACGGAAAGAUUUGGAAAGAGAUCCCAUUCAGGUACACACCUGGGCCCGAGGACCGGAUGCCGCGCAGGACCGCGCCGCACCAACCGCGUUUGGAUUGGCAAAUGUGGUUCGCGGCGCUUGGCAGCUAUCAGAGCAACCCGUGGCUCUUGCACCUGGCGUAUAAGAUCGUCACUGUAGGGAGAGUUGGAACGCGCGGCGACAAGUACAGGACAGGGAGCUUUGUGCUGGAGAACCUUCUCGAUGGUGAGAAGUGGCCUUUCAACAACGGCGAGCAGCCGAGCUAUGUUCGCAUGUGGAAGUACCACUACGAUUUUACCAGGAUGGACACUGAGUGGUCGAGGAAGCUGGCCGGCGGCGACGGAUGGAUAGCGCCAGAGGUAGGUGGAUCGCAUGACCACCAUUAUUGGCGACGCAAGAGGAUCAGCGAGUAUCUGCCCGUUGUUGGAGAGAGCCAGUUUGCGGGCGUCGUGAAACAGUUGGGUUACGAUGCGCUGGCUCCGACCCUGCGGUGUGGCAGCGGAACAGGUUCUUUCAUCUCUGGCAGUAUCUGCAACGUGACUGCGAGCUUACGCGCGCAAGUCAGGCCGUGGCGGGUCUUUGCCGAGUGGACCAUUGAGGAUAACGGUGGCAUCUGGCAGAAGCUCUUGUAUAGCGGAAGCAGCACUGUGGACUACAUAGAUGGGCCGAUGGUGUUUGUCUGUGUAUGCGGAUUUGUGUUGCCUCUUGCCUUGCGGCUAUUUGGGGAACUUCUAUCAGUGGCGCUCACAUUCGUUUUCAGAUUUCCACGGCAUGUCGUCUCCAAAGGUGUUGGGCCAUCGAAGCAUUUGAAAGCUGAGUGACAAUCGCGAGAGGCUUGGGAUCUUCUCCUCCUGCUCCUCCCGCCCGUCUUUCCUACGCGGGCCUCCCGCGGGGGCUUCGAGAAAACCAUGUCUCGCCAUUCGCGGUCUGGGCUGGACGGGGCGGCGCGAGAGCGCCCAGAUGACCGCGCUUCGCACAGCACGCGGCGCGAAGUUCGGAAGGCUGUCGCUUUUGGCAGAGCGGGCACGGACAAUAAUUAU